AUGUCUGCGCCGGAGUUGACCGAGGUGAGAUCACCUAUGAACUUGGACCAGUUGUGCACUUAUCUCUCAAAUGUCUCCAAACAAACUGGAGAAACUCACAUUGGAGAACAAGCUUGCAUUCCGCGUUCCCUCAAGAUUAUAAAGCAAUUCAAGUUUGGCCAAUCGAACCCAACAUACUAUUUUGAAGAUGAGUCAGGCCGCUCAUUUGUCUUGCGUAGGAAACCAACUCAGAAUGCCAAGUUGAUUUCCAGAUCAGCUCAUGCAAUUGAACGUGAGUUUUUCAUUUUAAAUGGAAUAAACGUUUUGAAUCAAGAUAUGAAGUUGAAGAUUCCUGUUCCGCAUGUUCAUUUACUUUGUGAAGAUGAAAGCGUAAUAGGCUACGUUUUCUAUAUAAUGGAUUAUGUGCCAGGUAUGCAAAUCAAGAACCCUUCAUUGCCUGGUAUUCCACAGAACUCACCAGAUCGCACAACGAUUUGGAAAAGUAUAAUUGAAACGAUAGCAGCUAUACAUUUGUUAGAUGUUGAAAAGCUAAUCACUUUAUUGCCACCACGGCUUUUCCCGCAAUUUCAAAAUUUGCCAAAAUUGCGUGAGCUGAGUUAUUUUUCGAGACAAAUCAAAACAUUGAAAGGUAUUCAUCAUAAGCAGUCACAGCACGUUGACGCAAUCCCAAAUUUUGAUAAAAUAACUCAGUGGUUACUAGUAAAGGCUCCAAAAGAUCCGGCAAAACUUACUUUGAUUCAUGGAGAUUUCAAAAUAGACAAUGUUUUAUUUGAUCCAAAAACGAAAAAAGUCUGCGGAGUAUUAGAUUGGGAGUUGUGUACUGUAGGCAAUCCAUUGUUUGACUUGAGUAAUUUCUUACAGCCCUUUGCAAUACCCAAUAAGCUCAAUCUAAUGUUUUUCUAUCCCCAAAAAACUGAUAUGGGAAAUGAAAACAAGUCAUCUCGAGAUUUCCUUCAUGCUCAACUAGUCAACUAUACAAAACUUGUCAAGUGGGAUCCUAAUGAUCCCAAAAACAAUCCAAUUGAUUUAUGGCCUAUUGGACAUACAUUUGGUUUAUUGAGAUUAUGUGUGAUUAGUCAGGGAAUUGCAAUGAGGGUCAAACUAGGUAACGCGUCAAGUGCUCAAGCCGAGGGCUAUGCAGGCAUGUAUCCUUACUUGAGUGAGUUGGCCAUGGAAAACGUUAAUUUGGACCAUGCAGAGAGUAAAAUUUAA